CCAUAGACUCUCCCAAGAAAAGAAAGAAAGAAAAAGACUGUUGUUUGUUUGUUUGUUUAUUUGGUUAAUCUGAUAAGCCGCUGAUAGAGCGAGAGGGCGAUGGGGAGUGAUGGCAUGACCAGUGGAAGUGCCGCCGCAACCAGCUACGGCGGAGUACAGAUACCGGCAUCAGUGAAGAGAGUAGUGCAGAAUCUUAAAGAGAUUGUUAAUAAUAGCUGCACGGACUCGGAGAUCUACGCCGUCCUUAAAGACUGUAAUAUGGACCCUAGCGAUGCAGUUCAACGUCUCCUUUCUCAAGAUACUUUUCACGAGGUAAAAAGCAAACGGGAAAGAAGAAAAGAGAUGAAAGAAACACAAGAACUAAAAGCUCGAGUUGAUGGUUGUGCAUCUAAUCGUGGUGUGAGAGACAGUAGUGAACAUUCUUUCGGGCGGAGUGGAUCGAUAUUAAACAGCUGCAAUGAGCUUGGUAAAGCUACAUACAAGAAAGAAAAUGACUCAGUUGCUUAUAUGCCACAUUCUGCUUCUUCAAACUUACAUUCAACUGGACAAACUUUGAAUGAUCAACUUUUCCCGCCAAGCAAUUCUUUUGAUGGUGACUAUAGAAGACAAUCAAUAGGAUCAGGUGAUGUGAUUGAUUCAUCUAUGCAACCAUCUUAUGGAUCACGGUCUUCUUGGGUGGGGAGCACCGUAGAACAUGCUGCCAUGGCUGAUAUUGUAAGAUUGGGUAGACCAAAAAGUAAAGGCUCACAAAUGUCAUGUGAGACCCCUUAUUCCCUUGAAGAUGCUGUUCCACCAAACUCAACCAUCUACCAAAUGAAACCAUCUCUUGCUACUUCAGAUUCAAAAUUAGGAGCAGACCAAGAUUUGCAUUUUUUGGAUUCAAACAUGACUUUUGAAUCUGGAAAGAAAUCCAGUCAGCAUGUUUUUGACAAUGAAUGGGCUGUUAAUGAGCCAAUGAAAGGUUCUGAUGAUAUUGGUGGUACGAUGUAUUCAAAUCAAUCCAACUUACAUAGUAGCAAAACUAACUUGUCAAGUAGGUGCUGGUCAGAUAAUAUUCUAGUAUCAGAGAGCAAUGUUGGCUGGAAGAAUCUUAGUCAUAAUCAUGUCAGCUCUGCUCAAGCAUCUAACAAACGAAUAUUUACAAGUGAUUCUGGAGGACCAUCUGAAUAUGAUGAUGACCUGUGUAAGGAUACCGAUUCUUAUGGGCAAAUUUGUGAACGCCUGGAAGUAGCAGGUAGAGGUUAUAAUGCAUCUGCUCCAAAUCCUUCUGCACCUUUAUCCGAUGAUGCCGUUAAAGCUGCAUCAUCAGUUGCUGUGAACUUACGACAACUAAGUUUAGGGAAGGAAGAGGAGGUGGUGACUUUGAAAGAGGAUAACUGUGGAGUGGUGCUUCCAGAUUAUUUGCAAGCCCUUUCUGCUGAUUGCUCACAUUUGAGCUUUGGUACCUACAAAUCUGGCAAGAGUACAGCAUUGCCCCAGUCACAAACAUCUAGUUCCUUGACAAAUAACUUGGAAGAGACCUUGAUGACUUCAAAUUGUUGUUCAACUUCUAUGCAUUCAGACUUUAGGAACCUGUUAUAUAAUGAUAAAGAGCAACUUGACUUUGAUUUUGAUAGUCAUAGAGCAAAUGUAGAUGCUAGGAACUAUAAUUCACCUAAUUUUUCACAGUCAAAUCUUAGGAAACUAGAUAUUCCUGAUGCAGCAACUCUUGGGAAUGAUUAUGUCUCCUUUGCAUCUAUACCUAAUUCAAGUUUCAAGAACAUGGAAUCGUCUUCCUCUUUGUCUUCUGUGAUUGAUCCAAAUGCACGGAAUCUUCCUAUUUUGCCAAAUGCAGUGCAAUCACACUCCAACUCUAUGCCAAGUGAUAUAUUGGCAGCGGCUAUUCAGUCUAGAAAAGCAAGAGACUCUGCUGCAUUUCUAACAUCAGCAUCAAUUUCAUCUAGAUACAUCAGUUCUGCAUCAUCAAUGAAGAGUCCAAUUGAACCCAUGUCUCAGUCUUCCUCGCAGGUCCUUCAUGGUGCCAACUCUGCCACUGGACCCUUACUCAAGGAGCAUUGGUAUGGAUAUUAUCCUCAAAAUAGCUACAUGGCACCAUCUGCUUUGCGACAAGCAUUUCCAGAUGGUGGCAAUGUGUUCCGUGAACCUCAUAUAGAUAUGAUGUAUGAUCGCCAACACUAUGGAAGUGCUAGUAUGUGCAGCAGCUUGCCUUGGUCGAGUUCUUAUGCAUCUGGUUAUCGAAGUUUAGAAAAUCCUUCCCAUGCUCCUGGAAGUCCUCUUCAAAAUCUAUUGUCUGGUUCGGUAGGCAGCAGACUUGCUUAUGAUAACUUUUUAUACUCUCAGUACAGCGAUGGUGGAUCUAAUUUCAACCUACCUCAACAGAAUGGUGGCACUGCUGCAUGGGAUUAUAGACAUGGAUCAAGAACCAUAUCAACUAUUCCGGAUAACGCUAAUUACAGUUUACACGGGCAAAAUCACCUGCUUGCGGGAUAUCAACAGGGUCAGCAACAAUCACAGCAGCAGCUUCACGGAGCUUUGGGAUACCCCGGUACUUACGGUUCUCAUGCAGCAAUGGCAAUGGAGCAGCAGCAGCAAAAUCGCCGAGAUUCGGUUAUAAAUGCUUCGCAAGGCCCAUCAUCUAGGCAGUUACCUCAGCCAUGGCAGCAGCAUAAAUAUUAACAUUCUUUUUGUGUGUUUUUGCCUUUUGGUUAUAAAAGCGGCCGAGUAGGAUUAUGUUAUGAUGAGAUUUCAAAUGUAUUGGCUUGUUUUUGAGUGCUUUGGCCAUGUCCAAUUGUACACAUACUUGAAAAG